AUGCCAGUGGAAGCUACAUUUCAAGGGUCCAACACGACGGAUGUGCAAGCAGAACCGCCGCUUGUUCAAGUGACGCAGGCGCCUGUAGCUGCGGGCAUCAAAUGGACUGCUGGGAAAGUGUUCUGGACGCUUGGUGUCUUCAUUCUCGCGGGCUUGGCUGAAAUCGGCGGCGGAUGGCUAGUUUGGCAGGCUGUUCGGAACAAGAAGCCCUGGUAUUAUUUCAUUUCAGGCGCCCUCGUCUUGGUGGCCUACGGAAUCAUUCCCACACUGCAGCCCGAGGAAGCCACCUUCUCCCGCGUUUACGCGGUGUACGGUGGUAUCUUCAUCAUCAUGAGCUACGGCUGGGGCUGGGCCGUGGACGGUGAUCGCCCCGACCGGGGCGAUUGGGUAGGAACCGCCAUUGCGCUGAGCGGCGUUGCAGUUGCCUGGUUCUGGCCACGGAGCUGA